AUGUCUUUUUUUGGGGACAAGGGAGCGGGGGGGGCAAAGAGAAAGGUUGACACUCCUUUUGAAAAGUCUCGGACGUGUGAGCGAGACCGACGGUUGAAGCACAGGUCCCCUUAUGGAAAGCACGAGCCUCAGCCGUUAGUUCAGACCUGUCACUGUUCCAAGUCCAGUCCGCCCUGCCUGCGUCUCGGUGGGGGUGGAACAACCCGCUGCUGGGCGUCUGGGAGCGAAGCAGCUAACUGCGAGAUAUUCUCGGGGGACUUGUUACGAUUCCUGUGGAAUAGGAAACCAAAAGAUGCUGUUGGAAUCACAAUGAAUGACCUCUAACCCAAAGAUUCCUGGAACUUUGUGUUUGGAGUGGCUUCUCUCAGCAUUGGGGUGGGUGUUUUCAGCUUUGCCAGGUUGUUUUCUUUUUGUCAGAAAACUCUGAUGAAAGAUACUUCUUUAAAGACAAUGACCCAUGAGAUUGGCUACAUGUUUGGAAUAAAGCAUUGCCAGUGGUGUAGCUGUGUCAUGCAGGGCUCCAACCACCUGGAGGAGUUUGAUCGCAGACCGCUGGAUUUCUGUCCCACCUGCCUUCGGAAGCUACAGGUCGCUAUCUGUUUCAUAAUAUCCAAAAGAUACAAGCACUACCGCUGUAGUCUUUACCCUCAUGUGGUGUGA